AUGUUCUUGCUGCUGAAUAAACCUAAGUCUACUCUUUUACUAAACAAAGGACAACAGUUAAGAGGCAUCGUGACGGCCUCCCGAGUACUUUACCAAGUACCGACUGCCAAAGACCUCAUAAAAUUUGUGAAUAAUACCAGUCUAUGGAAGAAAGAGCUGAAGAGCAUAAACCGUAACUCUGAGGAUGCUAAGAGGAUCAAGGAACACUUACCUGAGUGGAAGAAACAAAAAUUAGCUCUUCAUAGGAAAUUCAGCGGUGCAGGUUGGCAACCUGCAAAAAAGCUUAGCCGUACUGAGAUUGAAUCAGUAAGGAUGUUGAAAGAAAAUUAUCCUGAUAUGACUGCGAAAGAGUUGGGAGAUAAAUUUCAGGUUUCCGCUGAAAGUAUUCGAAGAAUCCUGAAAUCUAAGUGGCAACCCAACGAAGACGAGAUGCUUAAAAUACAGCAGCGUUGGGAAAGGCGAGGCCAGAGAAUAAACGCUCUGCUUGGAGAACGCAGGUUAAAUAGUAGACCGGUUCCUCCGCAUAAAGUUGUAACUAUUAAUUCUAAUAGUCAGGGAACUGAUUUCAGAGUGCAAAGAGUACGUCGAUUAAACAACGGAAAACAGGAACAGAGAAAAGAUAAACUUCAUCUACUAAUAGAAUAA